AUGGGCUCGAGUGGGAAGGUUUUGCAGAUCAUAGUGAUAAUAUUUGCAACUGUGGCAGUAGCAACUAUGGCGGUCAAGCGUGAUUGCCCCAACAAGUGUGGAGAUGUAGAAAUUCCAUUCCCAUUCGGCAUGACUGAGGGAUGCUUUCUAGAUCAUGGUCAAGCUUUUAAGAUCACUUGUAACGAUACUAACGACCCUGUACAACCAAAGACAGGUAAUGUCCCUGUAACAAGCAUAUCCAUUGAGAAUCACGAGUUGCAUGUCUUGCAGUGGGUAGCCCAAGACUGUUAUUUUUACAAUGAUUCGAAUGUAUGUAUUGCAAAAAACGUUUCCGAACAAGCGCGCUGUUCGUCCAGUAGUCCUAAAUCCAAGGAUCCCGUGAACAGCGGUUCCUCACUCUGGGUGGGUGGUCAGUUCACAAUUUCCAACAGCAAAAACAAGUUCAUUGUUCUUGGUUGUGACACAAAGGCAUACCUUCGUGGGUACCAAAACAGUGAAGCGUACUUGAUCGGUUGCUCAUCUCAAUGCCCCAGCCUUACCAAUGUGGACAACGGGUCAUGUUCUGGCGUUGGGUGUUGCGAGGUAGGGUUUCCAGAUGGACUAAAAAAUAUUCGUAUGAACGUAAAUAGCUUUGACAAUCACUCCAAAGUGAUGAACUUCAAUCCUUGCGGCUAUGCUUUUGUUGUCGAGAAAAGCGAGUUCAACUUCAAUGUUGCUUAUCUCCAAAAGCUACCAAGCAAAAAGCUUCCAUUGGUGCUUGAUUGGACAGUAGGCAAUCAAACAUGUGAAAAAGCUCAUAACGAACAUAAUUACGCAUGUAAGGGUCAUAGUGACUGCCUUAAUCAGAAUAAAACCAGACAAGGUUACCGUUGCAAGUGUAAGCAAGGUUACCGAGGGAACCCAUACCUCGAUGUGGCCAAUGGGGGUUGCCAAGAUAUUGACGAAUGUCGAAAUCAAACUCUCAAUAAUUGCACGAAUAUCUGUGUCAACACAAUUGGCAGUUAUAAUUGUGUUUGUCCCAAGGGGUACCAUGGGGACGGGAGAAAAGAUGGUAAAGGUUGUUCUGCAGAUUUGCCACCACCGAAUUUGUAUGCGAAUUUGCCACCAGCGAAUUUGCCACCAGUGACUAAGAUUUUCAUUGGAAUUGGCACAAGCUUAAUUGCUAUGCUUGGGGGUAGCUCGUGGCUGUACUUGGUACUCCAGAAAAGAAAAUAUAUUAAGCUUAAAGCAAAGCUCUUUCAACAAAAUGGGGGGUUGAUCUUACAACGGCGUCUCCGUGAACUCGGAUCCACUAAAAAGGCCAAAAUCUUUACUUUUGAAGAGCUGAAAAAGGCUACCAAAAAUUAUAGAGAGAGUAGGAUCAUUGGUAGAGGAGGUUUUGGUACAGUUUACAAAGGAAUUUUACAAGAUAAUACAAUUGUUGCCAUCAAGAAGUCCAAGACAGUGGAUCAAAACCAAGUUGACCAAUUUAUUAACGAGAUUGUUCUGCUCUCCCAAAUUGACCAUAAGAAUGUUGUCAAACUCUUGGGCUGCUGUUUAGAGACGCAAGUUCCUUUGCUAGUCUAUGAAUUUGUCCCAAAAGGUACACUCUUCAACUAUAUACAUCAUGAAAGCAGCACAUCCACCAAACGUUGGGAAACCUGUCUAAGAAUAGCAGUUGAAACAGCCGAUGCACUAUCAUAUCUGCACUCUACAGCUUCGCCACCUAUAAUCCAUAGAGAUGUCAAGCCCUCAAACAUACUGCUUGACGAUAAUUUCACUGCAAAAGUCUCCGACUUUGGAAUUUCAAAAUUGGUUCCUCGAGAUAAAAAAGAACUAGCUACUGUAGUGCAAGGCACUUUUGGAUACUUGGAUCCUGAAUACUUACAGACGAACCAGUUGACGGAAAAAAGUGAUAUCUAUAGCUUUGGAGUGGUCCUUGUGGAGCUACUGACAGGAGAGGAUGUAUUUUCAUUCGAUAGGUCUGAAGAUGAAAGAUGUCUACCUAUGUAUUUUCUUUCUUCCUUGAAAGAUGAUCGAUUGUUUGAAAUUCUUGAGAACUUUAUAGUUGAAGAAGGAAAUAAAGAGCAGAUCAAGGAAGUCGUUGAACUUGCAGAGAGGUGCUUAAGGGUGAAAGGGGAUGAGAGGCCUAGUAUGAAGGAAGUGACAACUGAAUUAGAACGAAUAAGAAAGACAGAGAUGCAUUUGAGGGUUAAUGCUCAAUCAAAACUGGAAGAGGCUGAACACUUUCAUAUUGAGACAUCUGACGCUAACGAAUACAGUGGAACUAGCAGUACAAUCGCUGGAUAUGAUAGCAUGAAGGACCAUGUAACAUUAGCCUUGGGGGAUGGUAGAUGAAUGUGGCAUGAUAACAUCCGCUCUUCAUGGUGUUUUUUUCCUAAUGCAAUUUCCGUUUUUAUUGUCCUAAAAAGAGUUCUGUUUGCUUUAUAGCCUCAACAAAAUGCUCAAUAGAUGGUGAUGGCGUGCAUAUUUUCUCUGCACUAUUCUUCAUGUGUUGAGUGUUCUGUUUUGGUUGAAAGAGCAACUAUUGGAGUCUUGUUUCUGCUGGUGUUGUUUUGAAUAAUUGUUUUGUUGUACUAAUAUUUUUGCUAUCUUGUUUAGCUGCUGCUGGAUCGUAUACAUCUCUGAUGGUAUUAGGAAAAGACUUGUGGGGAAGGGGGAAAUGUAAGGCUAUUUGUAGCAGUUGGGGUAUAUAUCUAUUGAAAUGUGUCAGUUGAAGAGUACUUUUGUUUGCUUAAGAGCCUCAACAAAUUGUUCAAUAGAUCGUGAUGGCUUGCAUUUUCUC